AUGCUUCGACGGGCUCUUCUUCUAUCCUCUUCUGCCAUCCUUGCUGUCAAAGCACAGCAGGCUGGCACGGCGACUGCGGAGAACCACCCGCCCCUGACAUGGCAGGAGUGCACCGCUCCUGGGAGCUGCACAACCCAGAACGGUGCGGUCGUUCUUGAUUCGAACUGGCGUUGGGUGCACAAUGUCGGGGGCUACACCAACUGCUACACGGGCAACACCUGGAACCCAACGUACUGCCCGGACGACGUCACCUGCGCCGAGAAUUGUGCGCUGGACGGCGCGGAUUACGAGGGCACCUACGGCGUGACUUCGUCCGGCAGCGAGUUGAGGCUCAAUUUUGUCACCGGGUCGAACGUUGGAUCUCGUCUCUACCUGUUGCAGGACGACGAGACCUAUCAGAUCUUCAAGCUCCUGAACCGGGAAUUCACCUUUGACGUCGAUGUCUCCAAUCUCCCGUGCGGAUUGAACGGCGCUCUGUACUUUGUUGCCAUGGACGCUGACGGCGGCGUGUCCAAGUACCCGAACAACAAGGCUGGUGCCAAGUACGGAACCGGGUAUUGCGAUUCCCAAUGCCCACGGGACCUCAAGUUUAUCGACGGCGAGGGAAACGUCGAGGGCUGGCAGCCGUCUUCGAACAACGCCAACACUGGGAUUGGCGACCACGGCUCGUGCUGCGCUGAGAUGGAUGUCUGGGAAGCCAACAGCAUCUCCAAUGCGGUCACUCCGCACCCAUGCGACACGCCAGGACAGACGAUGUGCGAUGGGGAUGACUGCGGUGGCACAUACUCUACCAACCGCUAUGCGGGAGAGUGUGAUCCUGACGGCUGUGACUUCAACCCUUACCGCAUGGGCAACACUUCUUUCUACGGGCCUGGCAAGAUUAUCGACACCACCCAGCCCUUCACUGUUGUGACGCAGUUCCUCACUGAUGACGGUACUGACACCGGCACCCUCAGCGAGAUCAAGCGCUUCUACAUCCAGAACGGCAAAGUCAUUCCGCAGCCCAACUCCGACAUCGCCGGCGUGACUGGCAACUCGAUCACCACCGAGUUCUGCACUGCUCAGAAGCAGGCCUUUGGCGACACUGACGAUUUCUCCAAGCACGGUGGACUGGCCAGCAUGGGAGCUGCCAUGCAGCAGGGCAUGGUCCUGGUGAUGAGUUUGUGGGACGACUAUGCCGCACAAAUGCUGUGGCUGGAUUCCGACUACCCGACCAACGCGUCCGCCACCACGCCUGGUGUUGCCCGAGGAACAUGUCCGACGGACUCGGGCGUCCCAUCGCAGGUCGAGUCGCAGAGCCCCAACUCGUACGUGACGUACUCGAACAUCAAGUUUGGUCCGAUCAACUCGACCUUUACCGCUUCAUAA